UUUCCUUAAACGUUCCUUUAUUAAAGUCAGUUAAUAGGUUAUUCAACCAUAAAUAUUUGCAUUUGAUUAUACAGUUUAAUCUCUAACCUAUUUUACGUCGGUGUGACUAACCUUCCUUAUGUCAGUUCGGAUGACAGAUUGCUGUAAGCAACUGUCUGGUUUAAACAAUACGAGGCUUCCAAACAGUAUUAGAGAGAAUAAAUGAUGAACGUUCAAAUCAGACACCCCUAUGAGGGUUUAUUACAUAAAUAUACUAAUGCUAUGAAAGGAUGGCAAUACCGUUGGUUUAUUCUUAGUCCCGAAACUGGUGAAUUACAUUAUUUUCUUAGUGAAUCUGAGAAAAAUCAACGACCACGAUGUUCAAUAUAUUUAGCUGGUGCAGUAAUUGCACCAAGUGAUGAAGAUUCUAAUACCUUUACUGUCAAUUCUGCUACAGGUGAUAUGAUUAAACUAAGAGCAACAGAUGCUCGUGCUCGUCAGGAAUGGGUUGAUAAGCUACGAGCUGUUACAGAAAUGUAUACUAGGGCCAUAGCCAGCAGCCAUCCUCCUUUACCUCCAAGAGAACAUUCUACCAACUCCAAUAGAAAUCCAGUUGCUAAACUGGAAGUUUUAGAUGCUUUUGCUAAUUGUCAGGAACAAUUAAGUAAAGUGGAAAAACAUAAUGUUGCAUUAGCACAAACUAUUGAAAGUUCAAGUUUAAAUCUGGAUCCUGACUUACUAGUUCUUAAAGCAACAGCGCAUACUACAUUGCACACAUUAAAUCAAUGUCUUAAUAUAUUAUAUCAAUAGUUAUUACAAAUUUCAUUAUUAUUUAUAAAAGACUUAAAGAAGUUUUUUUAUCGGUAAUUAUCUGAAGUUAUCAAGUGCAUUUCAAUUAAUUCAUAUAGAAUUUAUUUUAAAUCUCUUACUGACAAUCCAAUUAUAUGUUCUUCCAAAGUCAGUUAUAUGGGAGAGUUUGCCUUCUGAUUAAAAUAUUAGAUAGAAACAAAUAGUUACAAUGUUUGUAACACUUUUAAAGAUAAUUAUAAUGCUA